AUGGAUAUUGAAAAUAAUAACAAUGAGUUUCAAAAAUAUACUGAAACUACCAAUGGAUAUGGAAACAGAAAUAUAUCCACUUCUUCUUCGGCUUUAACGACAACAAAUUCUUCAACUUCAAAUUUUGCUAAAUUGAAAACAAUAUUCCAUAAUUCAGGAAUAAUGAAAAAAACUACCAACAAUAACCGUCAUAGGGAUACUACUGGUAGUAAGAACAAGAUAAAGAAUAAUAAUAACAGUCUCAAUGAAGAGAAUUCUUACACUAACAUCAGUAAUGAUGAAAAAAAUGACGAUGACGAUGCCGAUGACGAUACAUCAAUAGGCCAUAUAUCGAUGGAACUCCCUCCUCAAUCACGAGUACAUUUACUAUCAAAUAGUUCAGUAAGUCAUAUUACUAAAGAUCAUUUAAUUACACCAUCAGUUGGUUCUUUAUCUAGAGAUAUCUCACCACAAACUUUAUCGCCAAGAACUACAGAGCCAUCUUCAACUUUCGAGAGAUUGCGUACUAGAUCAAGAUCGCCAUCGGCUCCAUUAUCCUUGAAUAACAGUGGCACUAUUAGUCCUACGCCCAACCACCAUCAUCAAUUUUCUGAUUCAAAUCCAUUCAGGUCCAACAUAUCUAAAUAUCCAAACAAGCCAACAACCACAUCAGUCAACCCCCAGAAUAACAGUAAUAAUAAUUCAAAUAAACAUGAUUUUAAUAAGAAUUUGAAUUCCUUCCUUCAAAUCGAUCCAAAUAUCGUUUUAUCAGCACAAUCGCAAUCGCAAUCGCAAUCUCAAUCCCAAUCACAUUCACAUACAACAAGUCAAUCUUCUUCCUCGUUAUCAUCUAUUAAGGCAAUGACUCCAACGAACACCAUAAGUAAUAUAAACAAUAACUUUACCUUGAAUGGUUUCCAAAAGUUCCAUAAAGACUUAAGUAAUAUAUCCUUAGAUGAAAUUAAAGAAAAUGAAGAAUCAACUCAAUUUUUCCAAAGUCAUGAAACAUUAGCAACAGCUCAAACUUUUUCCAACACUAAUAAUAUCACCAAUGACAAUAGUAUAAAUAUUAAUACAAGUAUAUAUUUAACUCCAGAAAAUUCUCAAACUUUGGAAUCAUUUGAUAACAAUAAUAAUAAAAGUCAACAACAACAACAGCAACAACCACUGCCAAAUUUCUCAAAAACUAAGAUGCGUUCCAAUACCUUGAUGGACAAUAAUGAAACCAAACCUUACUUUAAAAGAACCUUAUCUGUUCCUAAUGAAUUGACAGUAACGAAUCCAACGUCACCUAUCCCCCAAUCAGCAAUACCAUCAUCAUCUGCAUUUUUUAAUGACAUAAAUAGCUCCACUACAAAAAGAGAAAAUAAUAACGAUUAUAAAUUCACUCAACCACCAAGACCAAGAAUAUCAUCAAGCCCUAAAAGAUCUGAAAGAUUAAGAAAUAAAUCAUUUAGCAAUAAAUUCCAAGAUAGUACAGUAUCACCUCAAUCAUUCCAAAAGAUUAAAUUAUUAGGACAAGGUGAUGUAGGCAAAGUUUAUCUCGUAAAGGAAAAAUCAACAAAUGCAUUAUAUGCAAUGAAAAUUUAUAACAAAAAUGACAUGCUGAAAAGAAAGAAAAUUAAAAGAGUCAUCACUGAACAAGAAAUAUUAGCUACAAGUAAUCAUCCAUUCAUUGUCACCCUAUACCAUUCCUUCCAAUCUGAGGAUUAUCUUUACCUUUGUAUGGAAUAUUGUAUGGGAGGUGAAUUCUUUAGAGCUUUACAAACUAGAGAAUCAAAAUGUAUAGAUGAAGAUGCAGCACAAUUCUACGCUAGUGAAGUCAUCGCUGCAUUAGAAUAUUUACAUUUAUUGGGUUUCAUUUAUAGAGAUUUGAAACCUGAAAAUAUCCUUUUACAUAAAUCAGGUCAUAUUAUGCUUUCUGAUUUUGAUUUAUCUAUUCAAGCCAAAGAUUCUAAGAAUCCGACGUUUAUGAAAAAUGGGAUUUUAUCAACAAAUAAUUCAAAUUCGAAUUUGAUUAUUGAUACUAAGAUUUGUUCAGAUGGGUUUAGAACAAAUUCAUUUGUUGGGACUGAAGAAUAUAUUGCACCCGAGGUCAUUAGAGGUAACGGUCACACAGUGGCUGUCGAUUGGUGGACCCUUGGGAUAUUAAUUUAUGAAAUGUUAUUCGGUAAGACUCCCUUUAAAGGUAAGAAUACUAAUGAAACAUUUGCAAAUAUAUUAUCUCAUGAUUUCACAUUUCCAAACACAAAUAACAUAUCAAGAAAUUGCAAAAACCUAAUAAAGAAACUCUUGAUUAAGAAUGAAACGAAAAGAUUGGGUUCCAAAAUGGGGGCCGCUGAUAUCAAGAAACAUGAUUUCUUUAAAAACACUCAAUGGUCCAUGUUACGAAAUCAAGAGCCCCCACUAAUACCCGAAUUAUCCAACGAAGGUUAUGAUUUCCAAACAACAAAAUUGAAAACAAAUAAAAAUCGUAAUGCAAGUAAAGAGACAUUCGUGGAUGAAAAUGAAAGAACCAUGUUUGAAGAACCAGUGGAACCUGAUGAACAAAUAAGUAAAAAUAAUCCCUUCCAUGAUUUUAAUUCGAUGAGUUUAGUACAGAAUGAUGAUAAACCUUUAUUAUACAAAAAUAAUAGUUCAUAUGGGAAGAUAUCAUAUACACCAAACUCAAAUAGAUCACGAAGUAAUAGUACCAGAGGAUUUUUUAGAAUAUAG